AUGGCUCUCGUUCAGGGCUACUCCUCCGACGAGGACGCCAACUAUGACGCCAAAGAUGCUUUCAACUUGAACGCCGCCCCUGCUCUGAAGAAACCGCGUAUCGAGGAUAAUGCCGCGCCAUCAUCGACUGGCGCUAUUGUGCCGAAGGUAGCAGCGCCGCACGUUCUGGCAGAGGAUCCCUUACACCAAACGUCGCUCAUCACGCGCCCGACGGACACCCAAAUGAACGUCAACAUCCCCUACGCCGACAUGACCCUGCCCACCCAAGGCCCCGAAAACCCCUUCGCGCCACGCGACCGCUUCCCCAACCAGAACGCGCUCGCCGGUCACGUCGAAGAGCAAUCCAUGACCGAGCACGCCUUUCGCCAACAGCACCUCACACACGCCAUCCUCGGCUUCAGCGCCAACCCGUCCAUCGACCCCAACGCGCCAGCCAUCGUCGGUGACGCAGAAGCAGCCGCGGCCGCAAACUUUAUGACGGUCGACAUGCACCGUGCGAAACAUGGAGUGAAGAAGGAGUUGAAGAGGAAGAGGAAGGCAAAGGGUGAUUUGGAAGUCGUCGAGGGUGAUGGCGCGUACGAGGGUCCUUGGGCGCGUUGGGACGGCGAUGAGCCGCAGAGUGUCCUUACGAGCGGUAUCAUCCCUGCUGGUGCAGCAGACUUGCCGAGUUCGGACGAGAGCGAGGAUGAAGGGCCUGCGCCGGCCGUGCGGAAACACAAGAAGAAGAGCACGGGCGCGAACGGGCAGGAGACGACGGUGUUCCAUGGGAAGAACAUGUACGACUACCAGGGCAGGACAUACAUGCACCCACCACUAUCCGAGGCACCGCAUCUGCAGAACGAGAUGGGCAGCCAGGAGACGUUCAUACCCAAGACGUGUAUACAUACCUGGACCGGACAUACGCAGGGCGUUAGCGUCAUCCGUACCUUCCCCGAGACGGGCCACUUAUUGCUGAGUGGGAGUAUGGACACCAAGAUCAAACUUUGGGAUAUCUAUACACACGGUAACUGCUUGCGCACGUUCCACGGACAUACGAAGGCAGUGAAGGACGUGACGUUCACCAACGACGGUCGCAAGUUCCUCUCUUGCGGGUAUGACCGACAGAUAAAGUUGUGGGAUACGGAGACGGGCCAGUGUAUACAGCGCCUGAGCAACGGUAAGAUACCCUACGUCGUGCGCUUCCAUCCGGACAACCAGAACAUAUUCCUGGCGGGUAUGAGUGACAAGAAGAUCGUGCAGUACGACCUCAACACGAGCGAGAUCACGCAGGAGUACGACCAACAUCUCGGACCGGUCAACACCAUCACCUUCGUCGACGAGAACCGGCGCUUCGUCACGACCUCCGACGACAAGACGAUCCGCGCAUGGGACUUCGACAUCCCCGUCGUAAUCAAAUACAUCGCCGAGCCGCACAUGCACUCCAUGCCCGCCGUCACGCUCCACCCGUCCAAAAAGUACUUCGCAGCGCAAAGCAUGGACAACCAGAUCCUCGUCUACAGCACCGACAACUUCCGCCAGAACCGCAAGAAGCGCUUCGCCGGGCACAGCGUCGCGGGGUACGCGUGUCAGGUCGGGUUCAGCCCUGACGGGAAGUGGUUGAGCAGCGGCGAUUCGAGCGGGGACGUUGUGUUCUGGGACUGGAAGACGGGGCGGAUUAAGAGUCGGUUGAAGGCGCAUUCGAAGGUCGUCAUUGCGCAUGAGUGGUUGCCGCACGAGAGUUCGAAGGUUAUCACUGCGAGCUGGGACGGGCUCAUCAAGCUCUGGGAUUGA